AAAUCGGCUAGCUCUCUCGUAACCUCGGGUCUUUCAAAGCACAUUCCUUUUCGAAACCUCUCCUUUGGUAAUCACCUGCAACCCGCAUCUUCAGCGAAUCAAUCAUGCCGGUCCGAGGAUUGGAACCCCUGCUCGCCGAGCGUCGUCUCAUCCAGCAAGCACCCUUGUCUGCUCUGGCCGAGACCAGAAUCGGGAUCGACGUCUCCCAGUACCUCCGACAAAUCCUCACCUCGGAAUCCACCCGAGAACCUCUAAUCGCUGCUACUGGUGGACUUCCCAUCGCCUUGACCGCGCAUAUCGAAGCCGACCUCCGCACUCUCGACAAAUUCCGCAUCAAGCCCGUCUUUGUCUUCAACGGACUACCUUUGUAUCGGAGGAACCCCCCUAGACAGGCUCAAGAGGUCAUCAGCGGACGAGAAGCAGCUCAGAGGAAUCACGCAUGGGCAUUGUAUGAGCAGGGACAUGCAGAGGAAGCAGCCAAGGUCUUGACCGAGGGGCAGAGGCAUGGGAAUUGGGUGGUCCCGAUCGAGGUGACCAGGUUGAUCUUGAGGAUGUUCAGGCAUAGGAUGGUCGAGUAUAUCGUUGCACCUUAUAUGCAAUGGGGACAGCUAUCAUACCUCUUGAACCACCCCAAGGGCUACGUGCAUUCGGUCUUUUCCUCCUUGGAAAUGCUCGCCUUCCCGACUCAGCGAGUCAUCACCUCGAUCGACUUUGCGAAUGCCACGUUCCGUUUCGUCGACCGCGGCAGGGCCAUUGCCGAUAUCGGCCUCAUCCCGGACCAGUUUAUCGACUUCAUCAUCUUGUGCGGGACGGAACUCUUGCCUACUUUCCCUCCCUUGGCGGACAACUUUUUCAAUCGGUCCUUGAUCGACAUGCUGAGACACUUCAAGUCGGGAGCGGGCGUCAUCGCUGGCCACUCGGAACAUCCGGCAGUCCGGGCGUCUGGCUACUUGGAGGGAUUCCUCCGAACCAGAGCCGCCAUCAAGUACUCUCUUGUCCUGACCGCCGAGGAGGGUACCUGCCUUCCUUUGCCUCUCGUUAUUCCCCCAACUCAACAGGCACACGCCAUCACCGCCUCAGAGGUCCCGGCCGACAUUCACGAGAUCUUUUCCGGGAGACUUCCCGACGAGCUCUAUUUCCACAUCUCAAAAGGUCUCAUCAGCCCUCAACUGGUCGGUUGGCUCACGAGCGGGAUCAUCCACGAACUUCCUCCGCUCGAUAACGGGGAGAGUAUCGUGUCUUAAUCAAGCAUGGCAACAGAAGAGGAUCGGAGCACACU